GAGACUAUUAACACGCGGCUCUGAGAGCGUGUUUCGGAGUUUGAGCUGCUGGUGCGGCAGUUUGCGCGAUGCCCAAGGCUAAGGGAAAGACUCGGAGGCAGAAGUUCGGUUACAACGUCAACCGAAAGCGUCUGAACCGGAAUGCUCGUCGGAAGGCAGCGCCACGGAUCGAGUGCUCCCACAUCCGACAUGCCUGGGACCACACCAAAUCCGUGCGGCAGAACCUGGCGGAGAUGGGGUUGGCCAUGGACCCCAACAAGGCGGUUCCCCUCCGUAAGAGGAAGGUAAAGGCCAUGGAGGUAGACACGGAGGAGAGACCCAAGGAUCUUGUUCGGAAGCCCUAUGUGGUUAAUGACCUGGAGGCAGAAGCUAGCCUCCCAGAGAAGAAAGGAAAUACCUUGUCUCGGGACCUCAUCGAUUAUGUUCAUUACAUGGUGGAGAAUCAUGGAGAGGACUAUAAGGCCAUGGCCCGGGAUGAGAAGAAUUACUAUCAAGACACCCCAAAACAGAUCCGGAAUAAGAUCAAUGUCUAUAAGCGCUUUUACCCAACGGAGUGGCAAGUCUUUGUGGCUUCUUUGCAGAAUAAGAAGAUGGAGGUAGACUGAGUGGUGCACACCCCAGUCCUAGGUCUACUGGACCAAAGAAACCACCCCCCGGCUGUAAGGCAAGGGAUGUAUAGUUUCAGAUGAUGCUGGGAAAGUCCUGUGGAAUCAGGUUUUACAUGUACACUGUCUCUGCCUCCUCCCCUGCACUCCUCCUUUCUUCUGGAGAAGGAACUCCGUUUUGUUUUUUGAGAUCAUCUCUCUAAUAGCCUUAUCUGUCCUAGAAGGCUCUCUGUAGACCAGGUUGGCCUUGAACUCACAGAUACCCACCAGCCUCUGCCUCCCAGGUGCUGGGAUUAAAGGCAUGCACCACCACCUUGAGAAGGAACUCUUUCGAGGCCAUGAUUCAUGUUCUUUUGGGAGCUUACAGAAAGCCAGGGCCUUCUGUCUUGUGUUCAGAGGAGAUGCUCUAUUUCAAUGUGUUCUGUAUAUAAUAAAAAGAGGGUUUUACCUGUGUAACAUGA